UUCAGUUAUGUACAUUAAUUAAUACAAGCAACGUUAAUUACCAAGCUAAUCAAAAAAUACUAACUAAUAGUUGAUCGCACUAUUAUUGGGCACACUCAUCGGUGAGCGCGGUGUCCAAUCGCCGCUAUGUGUUGCUGAAGGAAGCCAACAAGUAUCACAAGCGACAUAAAUAACACUAGCUUACACAAAUAAGAGCAAAUCCAAUUAGAAAAAUAUUUGCGUGAUAAAAAGACACAAAUAGCGCGGUGUACUUGUUUGGCCACCCAGCGUUCGGCGCCACUUGCGGAGCACAUAGGUCAACGGUGGCACAGUCGGCGCACGCGACAUUAGCGCCCUCACACAUACCUUUUCAAAGGUAAAUUUCAAAUCACCGAAGCAUAGCGCCACACAUUGCGAGCGCCAGCAAAACGCGCACGAAGCGCAUAUUAACGAGCGCGUAUUGAGCGCCAACAGCUGCGAGCGUUUGUCGAAAUUUUCAGUUUGUUUAGUGCGCGUACGAACCAAGCGUGAAAAGCACCGCUGCGUCGUUUGUGUUAAUAUAUAAUAAGUAUUAUAAUUAAAUGUGUAAGGUGGCACGCGUUUACGAAAACGAAAUAUAAUUUAAUAAUAUAUGUAUGUGUUUUAUUCUUAUAUAGCAUUUAACUACCUACAUGCAUACAUAAAAGUAUAAAAAAUUAAAUUAAAAAUAAUUACUAAAAAAAUUACUACAACAAAAAAAUCAAAAUCGAGUAAAAAAUUUAAGUGUUAAAUUUUUGCUGAUCAAGCAAGCAAAACUCCGUUUCUCAAACAUAAUAAAUAUAAUAAACUACAGCGUUUUGUGCGCGCGUUGUAAUUAUGGCCGCUACACCGCUGACCCUGAUGGAUGACGGCCUCGCAUCAGCAACGGUUACAGCAGAUGCCAAUGCAACUUUAGAUAGUGCUAGCGCUGUGGCCAAAACCGCGCCGUCAUCCGCCAUACGUCCAACAAUGCUUUUCGGCUCUACGGAACGUUUAGAUACAUCCGCCAGUAUGUUGGUCUCACCGCAUGGCAGCAGCGGUGCUAAUUCCGCCGCCACAUCGCCCUCAUUCCUGCCGGAGAUGCCGCAGUGGAAAAAAGACUUGAUACAACGCCGCAAAUCGAAUGUGGCACGUACGAUUGGCGCAGCUGUGUCACCGACAUCAGCGGCAUCCGCUGCAGCAAUGCAACAGCAACGCUAUUCGCUGACGGGUGGUCAACUGCAAUCGCCAACAACAGCUACAGAUGGUUUUUCACCAACAACAACAACAGCAAUAUCAGUAACACCAACCAGAGACUUAUCUGCGGUCACUUCCAAGUCCGCAAAUCAAGUAGCUACAACAACAACCAAAGUGAGCAAACUAACAGCUAGUCAACAACAGCAACAUCAACUGGAGCAAGAACAACUGUACCAAUACCAACAAAAGCAUGCAACGGUAAUCACAGCUGAGCAGCAACAACAUCAAAUGAGUCUGAUAAUGAAAAUGCCAACGGCAACGGCCGCAGCAUCAUCUCCCACAGCCGCAGGCACAAUUGUUUCACCAAUACCGCGCGCAUCAAAGCGCAAUUCACCAGCAGGCAGCAACAAUAGCUCGCCAAGUAAAGAAAAGUCUGAAAGAAUUCUACUCGGGGGUCAUUACACGACACAGCCGCAACCGGGCAAAGAAUAUCGUGAGAGCGGCGAUGAUCGCGACAACGAUUGGGAUACACGCAGGCAAAUGUUGUCUCCAACAACAACAGCACCACCAAUAAGUGGUAUAACAACAAUAACACCACUACACAAAACUAUAGCGCCAAUACCAAAGCAAAGAUCAGCGUAUUCACCGGUGAAGAAUGCUUCUGCAGCUGCAGCCAAAGAAUCCGUUUCGGGCCAUAUAAAUCAGCUAGCGAGCGAGCAGAGAGUUAGCACAACAACUCGUCUAACAGGUACAACUGGCACAGCGGCGCUGAGAGCGGAGCUGCAGAGCACAGCUGGUGGUGAUGGUGGCGGCGGCGGUGGCGGCAGCGGUAGCCACUUCGGUAUCGACGAUGGUACCACCACUCCAUAUAACGUCUCAGCUGUUGCCGCUGGCAGUGGUCAUGGCGAUGGCGAAGAAUGUAUGGCAGACGAAAAGCAGGAAAAUGAAACAAUACACAGAGCAACGGCAGCCGAGAGCGGUGGUGAAAUGUAUGCAACGACUGGCAGGCAAAUACCAUCCACAACGUCUGGUUCGCCAACUAAAGCGAGUGUGAGUGUAGCGUCGCCACUAUCGCCCAAGCUAGUCGCUGCACAAGCGGCUCAGUCUCAGCAAUCGCAACAGUUUCAUUCGAAGAACGAACGCGAACGGACGUACACGGAACAGCGCGGUACGUCAACGUCGUCGUCGGCCGGGUCUAAUAAUAAUACAAAUAUCACAACCAAAGUGCAAACACAAGAAAAUACCACAAUAAUCAACAAUAGACAUUAUAGCGCUUCAACUAGCUCGUAUUCGCCCUCGAAUUACGUGAUCCCACAGCAGAACAACAGUGGUGUUAGUGGUAGUGGAAAAAUCUUUUCGAAACUACACAAUAAUCAGUUCAUAAAGAAUCAACAGCAGCAGCAUCAACAACUGCAGCAGACCGGCGCGCAACCGAGCACCGCAACACAAUCGAAUAUUACGGCACGUUAUCUGAAAUACAAGUCGCAAGCAGCGCAUGCGCAGGAAUCUGGAAGCGGCAGUGAAACUGGUUCGACAAGCACCAACUACUCAGGCUCGCCAACCAAAUCGUUUGUGGCACCCACUGCAAGUGCAAUCAAAAAGAAAAUGGUUGCCGUGCAGGAAAUGAAGAAAACGACACAACCAAGUAGUAAUCAUGGACAACUGCAUUCGCACCGCACACACCACAAUCAUCAACAGAUGAUUAGCGCUGGUGGCGGUGGUACAUGUGCGCGUACAGCGUUGAGCGGUGGUCGCGCACAGCCGCCCAGCCAAACGGACGAGGUUAACUUCGAUCCGGCCGAGGAUCUCAGCUAUGGUCCAGGUAUUGUGUCUAAGUUACGUUGCCGUUACCUUAGUCUCGCAUUUCGCGAAUCUAUGGAAAAGGAGCGCCAUUGUUUGGAUAACAUGCGUCGCGCUACUAGCCUCAAUAAUUUACUUGAUCGUGACGAUGCGCACGAUGAGGAUGAGCCUGAAGACGAUUUGGACAGCGGUGGUGCCGUCGAUGUGGAGGUACAUGAUGACGAGGAGUAUGUGGAGUUACGCGCUGAUGCGGAUAGGACACCAAACACUGAACGGAAAUUGAAAACACAGGGUGGCAUAUUAAAGCACGGUGGCGACGCUGCUACACAAGAAAACAGCAAAAAAACAACAACAUUUCAGAAAAAUGCAAACGCUUUUGCUGCAAACGGCACGCGUUUGCUAAAUUCGGCACCGGUCGGUAGCGCAGGCGACGCGGUAUCGUCAGCCAACGUCGCGGCGCCUGAUACACCGCGUUCGCGUCACGUCAAACGCGGUAAUGAUUCGUUAAAACGCGCGCGUUCGGUUGAAGCAUUGCUCUGUGAACGUUCACCUUGGCAAUAUGCGGCGCUCAAUCGCACUAGCUAUCAGCCACAGCGUUUCACUUCUGGCAGUGGUUCGACUUAUGCGGCAACGCAGCCGACUUGUGUGACUAUCGAGGAUAAAAUAAAUAAUGCGCGCAGCCGUCUAAUACUCGGCACCGAUAUAAUGCCACCGAAGCGUUUAACCUCAGUGAUCGAUGAUACCGAGCGACCGCCACCAGAUUUGGUAAAGCAAACAUUGAAGAAGUUCGAAGCGACGGCCAAUCGACGCGGACGCGGGCCAAAUCGCACGAACGGCACCGGUGAAGUCGCCAGCAAAGUGGCAACCUACAAAACAAUUAUUAAGGAGAAUAAGCCUGCAAUAGUAUUUCCAAAACCACCGCUCAGUCCCACCAAGAAAUUAAAUUCGCCACUAUUAUCGAAACCAUUAAUCAAACCAGUUGUAGGCGCUAAUGAUUUGCUCAACAGUCCGUUAGGGCGCAAAACCACUGCCGCAGCUGCUGCCAAUGCCUCUGCGGCUGUGACUGGAAAUACGCAAGCUGCGACCUCAAACGUCGCAGCCGCCGGCGGCUUAUCAGAGAACUCACCCGAUAUCAUUCCAAGGCAUAAGCUUUUAACGGAAAAGAGCGAAUCGUUAUUGCAUGGGGUCGUCGAUUCGCCAGUGACAGCUUUAACGAAAAAGCUCGAAAAGCUGCGCAUUAACGCUGCCGAUAAACAACAACAACAACAGCUGCAAACGAUAACAACAAAGGAGGCGAAACAGCCAGCACAGUUGAAUAAGCAGUCACAACACUCGGCACUCGAAGUAACCAACAGCGACAACGAAUUCGUCAAUAGCAGCGAGUUAAACAACGACAACAAUGCUAGCAAUAGCAGCCAGCUCGUGGGUGGCGCUGAUGAGGGUGAAGCGGCGGGCGAUAGUGACGCAGCCCUCGAAGGCAACGAAAAUAGCAAUAACAACAAAACAGCAGCACCGACGAAACAGCAUAAUGAUCGUGCGGGCACGGGCACUGGUACUGGUAUUAGCGCUAGCGGCGAGUCAGCCGUAGAACCCGAUACAGCACAAGCAGGAACCGCCGCUAUUAGUAGUGAUCUUAGCGACGACGACGACGGACUGAUUGGUAUUGCCGCCGCCGCACCCACUAAACGUAUAACACGUACAGCACUCGAUAAUAUCGCACGCGCGGGCACAACACAACAAUUCAAAUUCGCUGGCAGCAGUGGACAAACGAAUAUUGGCAGCAAAUCAACAGUUGAGCCGCCAAAAACUAAACCGCAAACAACAAACUUGAAUCCCGAUAUACCCACAUCGGUAUUGAACGCUGCACCUGGUAAGCAAAUCGGGGUCAUACGUCCUUUACCCACCACCACAGCCGCACAACAAGCGGCCAACGCGAACACCGCCAACUCCGGCUUUUCGCAUCAACAACAAUUGUUGCAACAACAUUUGGAAGCAUUGAAGCAAAAUAACGUUUACAACAACACGUCAUCGACGCCCACAAGCGCCAACAACGCCACAGCAACACAUUCCUCAAUUUAUCACAGCACACCGCCGCUGACGAGCCGCGAAAUCGAAAAGAAUCGUAUAAAUGAGAUGAAGAAAACCGUCGCCUUAGCCGAUGGUAGUCCAAUAACAGCCACAAUGGUCAACGCCAGCAACAAUGCCACUUCACCCGCCGCACAGCAUGCCGCAAAUGCUAGUCUAAAUACCGUGAUAAAUACCAAUGCGCCCGGUCAUAAGUCCAACAACACUGGCGCUACGUCGUCAACAACGCCAAUUGUUGGCGGUAGUUCUGGCACUUCCGGUUUCAACGAGCUCGAUGCGGCAGCGCCCGGCGCUAAUAAUAGUCCCUUAUGGGCGUUACGCAUUAAACGGCAGACACCACCGAGUGUGCCACAGGAAAACACAUCGAUGGUGUUCAACUUCUCCAAUCGCAAAGAGGUGCCCGAUUAUAUUGAGAAUGACGGUGUGAUCUUUCGCAGAAAACGUGAAUUGCCCAAGCCAAAUGAAUCUGGUUUCGUGCUACUUGGUGAUCUCUCAUUAGAAACUUCAACAGACUCGGAUUAUGAUGAUUUCUCUAUGUGUCCACCAUCACCCUGCGAUGUUGAAUUCGAAAAUGCUAAUAUUGUGAUCGAUGGAAAGUCAAGCAUCCGACAGAAAUCCAAAGAAGCAACGUUCCGCGUACAAUUCAAUGAUACGCUCACCUCCACCUUUGAAUAUCCCUCUGAGGCAUCGCUAAUCAUUGACGAUUCCUACAGCAAUGAUGCGCUGAUAGGCGCCUAUGAGAACCUAUCAUUAAAUGACACAACGGAUUCUUCACCAGCGCGACACCAUCAUGUAGCCGUUGAUGAGAUUAUACAACUGCCAACGCCGGCGAAUACCUCAUCACCCGCCAAUAAUGCCAGCAGCGCAACAAAUACGCCAACGAAAAAUAUACUGGGGAAUUUGCCAUUAGAUUACCCAAUUUUAGACAAGGGUAUAAUGUCACAACAACAACAGGAGCAGCAGCAACAGCAACAGCAACCGCCUCAACAACAACUGGAGCAGUCGCUGACACUAAAAGAGGCGCAAAAUGCCGUGAGCGCUGCAGCAGCAGCAGCGCUUUUAUCCGCAGAGCCACUGCAAUCCAAUUCGGCGGAGAAGACUCUUUUAUUGCAACCACAGCGCGAAAUAGCAUGCAACGCCUCACAACAACCAACGCCGUCGCCGCCGCGCGCCGAAAAUUCCGACAAGCACGCCGAACCAGUCCAAACUUGCGCAGCUGCGGCACGCUUGCCGCCACAGCCGUCGACGUUGCCACAACGGCCCACCGACUUGCCGUUGCCAAUGCUACUGACGACACUGCCGCAGCAGAAAAGCAAACCGGCACAGUCACAGCAGCGGCCAGUAGCGCAACAGAAACCGCCACUGCCAGUGAAGCGUUUCGAGGGAUACGCAAUAAUGCGGCAGCCCACACACGCAGCGCCGACGGCAACAAAGGAGGUGGCAUCGCCUGCGAGUGCGUUGCCACAAUUUAAGUUGGAGGCGGAAAUGGAGCAGCAAAAAGACAUAAAAACGUUGACGGAAGCAAUAAAGAAGAACGAAGAGCAGCAAACAACAGCAGCCGGCUCGAGCAAACGGGAAAUACGUAAACAACAUGCCAGCGGAAAUUGGCAACGUCAGCCAGCAGUGGCUGGAGAGCAAGAGGAGCAGAAAGCGCAGCAGAAAAUGGAGCAGCCAAAGGCGAUAGAAACUCGUAAAUUAGCAAUAGGCGCAGAGGAGUCACCUAUUGCGUUCGAUAAGCGUGGCGUCACGCAACCGGGUCUUUUGCGCGAUUUUCAACUGGCAAGUGCAACUGCUUGCGAAAUUAAUUGCAAAAAUGUUACUUCUACCGUCUUAAAACGUAAUAACACAGCUGCCAACGGCGGCGUCACACGCCACAACACUAACAAUUUAGCGUUUGCCAACAAACCAAACAUUACAACAACGACCACGAAAAAGCCUAUAAGCAAAUAUACCAUGUUCCACACAUUAUUCGAAACAUCGCCCACAGAGGAAGCAGCCGCCAACACUUCCGCCCAACGGCCACGCAAAACGCCCGCGGUGCUCAAUAAACCUCAGUAUGCGCGCUUUUUACAAAUCGAACGCGCUGCGGCAACAGCGCCUGCCGCUGGGCAAGCCAUAUUGCGCACGCGCAGCAAUGAGUUCCGUUGUGGCGGCGGUGUCAACCCCAAGCAGCGCGGCGGCAGUCCCGCAUCCAGCCAACUCGUAGCACCUUCUGCAACGCAGCAACAACGCAGCGCUUCAUUUUCUUUUGAUGUAAAUUAAAUAAUUAAAUAAAAAUUAACGAAAUAAUAUUUAUAAUGCGUUUGUAUAAGUGUGCCUAAACUGAAAAAGCGCGUUGAAUGAAAACGAUAAAUAUUAAAUGUCGAAAAAUAAACAAAAAACAUUUAUUUGAACAAAGUAACGUAUACAAAAUAAUACACAAAUUUUACGAAACUCCGUAAAUGCCAAAAAAAAAUCAAUUUUUACAACAAUAAACGCUAAUACUACCAAAGCUAUUUAAAUUGUCCGCCUGCCCGUACGUACGCCCGUUCGAAAGUCUGCUACUCGUACAACCAAACCAACAACAUGACCACCAACAGCACCGUUACUUUGCUAACUACCUAAUACUAAACGCUAACUAUAAGUACUCGACAGUAAAUCUGCUCAAAACUGCUAACAACCACCUAAAAUUAUAAUAUUACUUGAAACUGCCAAAAAUGUUUUUAUAUACUACUAAAAAUACAUAAAAAAAAUAAUUCAAAAAAUACAAAAAAAUAACGCGUAUAAUUGCAAUUAUGCGUCGCUAUAACUUACGUUUAAUUAAUGCUAAUGCUUUACAAAAUCAUACACACGCGUCAACAACCAACAAAGCAACCUGCAACAAGCUAUGAAUUAAAAAAAUAUAUAAGCAACACACACAAUUCGCAAUGUUUUCAACGGUAAAUAAACAGCUGUUCAAUAAACGCACACAACACCUUAAACGUGGCGUAAGCACGUUUACGCGUUCACGUUAUGUGCGGAAGCGCAAUGAGUAACCGAUCGAAGUACGUGAAAUGCCAACUACUAUUCCACUUUUUUGCUUAACCUCGAAUUCGAAACGCAAAAAUGUGCGCAAUAAGUAGUGAAUGUUGAGCUACUGUCAUAAAAAAAUAGAAAAUAAAAAAUAAAAAAAUAA